AUGCGUCGUGUCAGCCCCGCCCCCACCCCGCCUUUGGCAUCUGCUGAUGCUGCUUGCGGCGAACCGCUGAAAAAGAAAGCAGUGCAAUUGCUGCCCCGAGCAAGUGUUUGUGGUCUAGUCGCUCUUGUGGCGAACGCGCUCUAUGUGCACCCGUUGUGCUCGCUCGCCAGUGGCCUUCGUUCCCCGGCCACCGCGCGCCGCCCCAGCGCCUGCCUCGCCUCGCCUCUCCGCCAGCGUCGCAGGGCUCGCUUCUCCGCCUCCGCCUGCAGUCGGCGCGCAGACCUCCGCGCCGCGGAAGAUGUGCCGCGCGCCGCCUCCUCCGCUCCACCCCCCGCCCCGCCGCGCCGCGCCUCCGCGCCGCCCCGCCACCUGCGUGUUGAGCCCCCCCCCCCUUCCACGUGCCGUUCGCGUAGCGCGCGCGUCGCUUGUCGCCUGCCCCGAGUGCCCGCCAGCGCGGAGCGUCACCACGCCUCACCAACCGGUGUCGUCGGCUGCUGGGCUGCCCCCGCGCCGCAUGGUGCUGCAGAAGCUGGUGCCCACACGCUGGCCCCGCCCGCGCCUGCCCAGGAGGAGAUCAUUUAA